AUGGAUGCUUCCCGCAACAAAAAGCCCAGAGCCAGCAUGGCCUCGUCGCCUUCCAGGAAUGCCCUCCGUGAUCACCGCGACGCUGACCCCAUGGAGCGGACGGGGGCUGGAGGAGCAACAGAGCCCCCAAUGCACCCGCACGCGGACAAGCGCCUGCCGAACGCGCAAGCCCGCACGGCCGCGCUCCAGGCCACGCUCGCCGAUCUGACCGCGCGGCGCAACGACGUGGUCAAAGAAUUCGCGGCCGUUCCCUCGGUGGCUGAAAAGCUCCCGUUGUCUUGCACAGCUGCCGCGAAUUCCGCCGCCAGCUCCGCGCCCGACACGGAUGCCGAAAAAGAUGCCGCUGUCCGGGUUGCAAAGGCCAUCAUCCAGCAGCAGAUUCGCCGUCUGAACGACUAUAACGAAAUGCGGGAUGUCGGCCAGGAACUUAUGGGCAUCAUAGCUGAGUCCAGGGGAGUGAGGAUCAAAGAAAUCCAAGACGAGUUUGGCAUUUCCACCAACGAUUGA